UCUCUCUCUUAUUUCCUCAAGAAAUUUACCGCAUUCUCUCCAUUCCGCAAGAACAACAAAUUCUUUUUCCAUUCCUCUCGUACAGUCACAAUGGAUUCCGUGAAAGGACAAGGGGGCAUUCAAAUGCUGCUAACUGCUGAACAGGAGGCCCAACAAAUAGUUUCUACUGCUAGAAACUCGAAAAUGACAAGGUUGAGGCAGGCUAAAGAGGAAGCUGAGAGGGAAGUGACACUCCAUCGUUCCCAUUUGGAAUCUGAGUACCGGAGGAACAUUUCCGAGACAAGUGGGAGUUCUGACUCAACUGUAAAGCGGCUUGAUGCAGAAACUGAAAUAAAGAUACAGAACUUGAAGGAAACAGCCUCAAAGGUAUCCCCAGAAAUCGUCGGAAUGCUCAUCAAGUGUGUCACAACUGUGACAACUUGAUGCAUGAAGAGUACUGACAUUUGAAGGCGAACCGGGCAAUAAAUGAAGGGCAUAUCUAGGCGCACGAAUCAAAUAAGGGCAUUGUUUGAAUCUUUAGGAGUCUUUACCUGCUUAGCAUUUAUAUUUUCAUCUAUUUUCUAUUAUUCUGGGUAACAUUCAUGACCAUGUUGGGAAGCAAAUUUUACCUAGGCAUCUGAAAGAAAUUCUGUUCUUUACUCUGCCUCAAUCAAUGGAAGUACAAAGUGGAAUCAGAACUAUAUGGAUAAAAUGGGGGUAGAGAUUGACGAAUAGUUGUUGUGUUUGGCUUAGGUUGUGCUGAUCAUAUACUCCAUGAUUCCUUUACUUUCAUGUUUAUGCAGUUUCUUG